AUGGUUUUCAAACGGCCUGAGUCUCUGCCCCUGGGGUCUACGUGGCGCCGGUUCAGCGUGUGUAACACUAACCUGGUGAUCAGGGACCUCACUGAGGACCUGCGGGAACCUGCUGUACAACUACUGGUCAAGUACUUCACGGCUCACGAACCGCCUUGCAAAUAUAUCGAGAUCAACAAACAUCCAACAGCGUUGGCGGAAUUGGAGAAGUUGUGGAGAAGAACUAUAGACGACCAGCUGUCUAUAGUGUGUGUGAAGGAAGAUGACCCCAGUGACGUCAUAGGGGUCAACGUCCUCACGGUCGCUGACAAAAAUGACAAGGAGGAGGAGUUUAAAUCGGAAGACAAGAUCUGGUCCAAACUGUUCGGGGCCGUAGACCUGGUGACGAGGGCCGUAGAUGUGUUCCAGACCUUCAAGGUGGACCAGUACCUGACGGCGUACGGCCUGGUGGUGGACCCCACGUGGAGAGGAUGGGGCAUCGGCAAGGAGAUGCUGCUGGCUAGGUGCGGUGCAUUUUAA